AUGGAUACGAAUCUCGUGGAAAUGUUUAACGCCGCUUUAGAUUGGGUGAAAAUGAUUCUGGAUGCUCCUUCAGCUAGAGUUGUUUUGUUCGGCGUCCCAAUCCAAGGGCACAUCUUUGUGGAAGUAGUGUUGGGUUUUGUCAUUGUCAUCCUCCUCUCUCAGAAGAGCUACAAACCCCCCAAGCGACCAUUAACCGAGCAGGAAAUAGAUGAGUUGUGUGAUGAAUGGGUCCCUGAACCACUUAUACCGCCGAUUACAGAGGACAUGAGGCACGAGCCACCAGUUCUUGAAAGUGCUGCUGGACCGCAUACAACGGUUAAUGGAGUAGACGUGGUGAAUUUUGCGUCAGCUAAUUACCUUGGACUCAUUGGACACGAGAAGUUGCUGGAAUCAUGUACUUCUGCGUUGGAAAAAUAUGGAGUCGGUUCUUGUGGCCCUCGUGGGUUCUAUGGCACUAUUGAUGUCCACCUUGAUUGCGAAACCAGAAUAUCAAAAUUUUUGGGUACUCCUGAUACAAUCCUCUAUUCUUAUGGACUUUCCACGAUGUUCAGCACCAUUCCCUGUUUCUGUAAAAAAGGCGAUAUCAUUGUUGCCGACGAGGGUGUUCACUGGGGAAUACAAAAUGGACUUCAGCUUUCCAGAAGUACGAUCGUGUACUUCAAGCACAAUGACAUGGACUCCCUUCGUAGUACCCUCGAGAAAAUCAUGACAAAGAACAAGCGCUCGAAGAACUUGAGGCGUUACAUUGUAGCUGAAGCUGUAUAUCAGAACUCUGGCCAAAUCGCCCCUUUGGAUGAGAUAGUGAAACUAAAAGAGAAGUAUCGGUUUCGUGUUAUAUUGGAUGAAAGCAACUCUUUUGGUGUGCUUGGCAGUUCUGGGAGAGGUCUUGCAGAGCAUCACGGUGUCCCUAUUGAGAAAAUAGAUGUUGUGACUGCUGCAAUGGGCCACGCAUUAGCUACAGAGGGUGGAUUUUGCACUGGUAAUGCCCGCAUCAUCGAUUACCAGAGACUUAGCAGUUCAGGGUAUGUGUUCUCUGCUUCUUUGCCACCGUACCUUGCAAGCGCUGCUAUAACCGCCAUCGAUGUCAUUGAUCAGAACCCUGAUAUGUUAGUUAAGCUGAAGCAAAACAUUGCUCUGUUAUGGAAAGGAUUGUCUGAUAUCAAGGGGAUGUCGCUAGCAAGCAACCCGGAAUCACCCAUCGUUUUCUUAAAGUUAGAGAAAUCGAGUGGUUCAACAAAAGACGACUUGCUUCUACUGGAGAAAAUGGCUGAUCGUGCUCUGAAGGAAGACUCGUUGUUGGUUGUGAGUUCUAAAAGAUCGUUUCUUGAUAAAUGUCGGCUACCAGUGGGGAUCAAACUGUUCGUUUCAGCGGGACACUCAGAUUCUGAUCUUCUUAAAGUAUCCGAGUCACUGAAGAGACUCGCUUCAGAGCUUCUACUCGAGUCCUGA